CCAUAGAGGAAUCAGUUUUUUUGGUAAAAUGUCGCGCUAGAAUAUAGAUUAUCAUAAAAAAUAUAGAUUAUCUGAACUGUGAUGGUUAAUAAAACCAUUAUAAAAAAAAAACAGUGUAGUUAUUUGUUUUUCAAGUUCCAACCUCCAAGUUUUUACAUCCUCUUUAACGACGUCGGCACUCAGUAAAUUAUACAGCUGGCACAAUCGCGAAAUUGCACCAUACAGUUCACUAAUGAAAAGUGCGUGUGUGUGUUCUGUGUGUGUGUGUCAAAAUUGAAAACGGUCAAAACACUGAGCAAUGAGACCCCAUUAUUUCUCUCUUGUAUUUAAACAUCUAUUACAUUGAUGUUUUUUUGUAAAUAAUAACAAUAACUUUCACUUAUUGGCAACGUCUUUCUCCAGUAAUUACACUAACAAUAAUAACAAUAACAACAUCAACAACAACAAGUUCUUAGUAAUCAUCUGUGUAUAAUAAUAAUCAUUUUUAAUAUUACUAAUAAAUAAAUGUAUAUAUAUAUUGUAUACAAUGUCUAAUAAUUUGAAGCAGAUACAAUUGAUUUGUUGAAAUGCUUAAUAUAAAAUGUAAAGUUACAUUUUGUAAAAAUAAAAAAUUUCAUUAAUUAUCACGCACAUUUUAUUGUAAUAUUUAUUAUUACAAUUUAUCUGAAGAUUAUUUCAAAAUAAAGAUUACAUUUAAAUAUUUAAAAUGUCAGCGGCAGAUGUGUCUAUUGCUGCUCCACCAUUAAAUAAUAAUAAUAAUAAUAAUAAUAAUAAUAAUAAUAAUAAUGUUACGAAUAAUAAUAUUAAUAAUAACAAUAAUAUAACGAAUAAUAAUAAUAUUAAUAAUAAUAAUAAUAAUAACAUAAACAAUAGUCAGAAUGGAGGAGUUACAGAUAAUCAUAGCUUAGCAGGAGCAAUUGCUCCAGGUUUAAUGAAUCGAGCUAGAAAUAAUAACAAUCAAAAUGCAUUGUAUCACAUGAGAGAUAGACUUUUUCACGCUUUAUUUAUAAAAGCUGCGUUAGCUUAUGCUCGAACAUUUCCUAAACCUGUAAGAAGAUUUAUAGAGUUUAUAGUUUUGUUAAAGGCAAUAAUGGCGUUUUUUGUAAUGGCAUAUAUUCACAUAGUAUUUUCACGUGCACCGACCAAUUGUUUGGAACAUAUAAGAGAUGAGUGGCCACGUGAUGGUAUUCUAAGAGUUGAAAUCCUAAGGAAUGGAGCUGAAGACUACAGUAUAGAAAAAAGUUACGCUAAAGAAGAAAAAUUACGACAAGAAAAAGUUGAUGAUUUAACUAGCGUUCUUGGGAUACUACAAAGAGAUGGAUUUAUAAAUAUUGAACCUUCGGCUGUAGAUGAAGAACGAAUUCCCGAAAGUAAUAAUGAAAAACCCAACACUAAAUUGAAUGAUGAUGAUGUCGUUGAAGCAGCUACGGUUUCAGAAUUACCAAGUAAAAAUUUGAAUAUUACUAAUGCAAGCAUGAGUCCUUCAUUAUCGACUAAUUUGUGGAGCAAUAAAUUUCUUAGCGCAUCAUCAGAUGAUCAGGAUAUUGUCACAACAACAACAAUAAUUAAAUUAGAAAACUCUACAAAUCAGACUGUUAAUUCUGAUUUCAGUGUCGAUAAAAAUAUCAUUCAGCCUUUAAAGGAUCAUGUGCCUAAAGUAGAAAAAUUAGUUAGAGCAGUAUUUCCAGAAGAUGAAUACAUCGUCGAGUAUUCAUUGGAAUAUGGCUUUCUACGAUUGUCUCCAGCGGUACGUCAAAGACUUAACAUCCCUGUUAAAAUAGUUACGUUGGAUCCGCAAAAUGAUAAAUGUUUCGGUGAUGCAUUUUCGAGACUUAUUCUUGAUGAAUUGCUUGGUUACGAUGAUCUUCUUAUGGCAAGCAUCAAAACUUUGGCUGAACAUGAAGACAAUAAAGGAUUUUUACGAAAUGUUGUAACUGGGGAACACUAUCGUUUUGUCAGCAUGUGGAUGGCUCGGACUUCCUAUCUUGCUGCGUUUUUUAUUAUGCUGGUUUUUACCGUGUCGAUUUCAAUGCUCUUGAGAUAUUCACAUCAUCAAAUAUUUGUUUUUAUUGUUGAUUUGUUUCAAAUGCUUGAAUUCAAUGUAACGGCGUCAUUUCCAGCAGCGUCAUUGUUGGUCGUAAUUUUGGCUCUUGUUGGAAUGGAAACGAUAAUGUCGGAAUUUUUCAACGAUACCACCACUGCAUUUUACAUUAUACUAAUUGUUUGGAUUGCGGACCAAUAUGAUGUUAUUUGCUGUCAUACGCCAAUCACUAAACGACACUGGUUACGAUUUUUCUAUCUUUAUCAUUUUUCUUUUUACGCUUAUCAUUAUCGGUUUAAUGGACAGUACAGCAGUCUUGCACUCGUCACAUCCUGGCUCUUCAUUCAGCAUUCAAUGCUGUAUUUUUUCCACCACUACGAGUUACCAGUAAUAUUACAGCAAGCGCAAUUGCAACAGAUCUUAUUACGAAAUCAUGCACCUACUGGCGGUGCUCAAUCGCCAACGCCAAGUACAGCAGCAACAACCCCUGGUCCAUCGCCAGCAACAACUCCAUCUUCAGAUGCCCCAAAUCCUUUGAUACCAACCAGAGAUCAAACUCAACAAAACUACAUUAAUGAACUUUCUCAGUUAGAUGUGGAUCCGAAUGAUUCCCAGCAAAACUUGCAACAGCAAAACGUACAACAACAACAACAACAAAUUGAGACUAAUAAUUCAACAGUUACAGAUGAAACAUCACCGAGUCAAUUUGUUCCAACCGUACAAGGUACUGAAAGUCAAGACACAUCAUCAGAUGCGACAACUUCACAAGUUAAAUUUCAAGAACCAAUUGUAUCGGUUCCAAAAUUAGAAGAGAAAAUAAGGGUUGAAAGUUUAGAUACGAAUGGUAAAGAAGCGUCAUGUGAAGAAUUUGAGGUUAUUGAACCAACAGAAUCAACAAAAUCAUCUUCGGAAGAUUCCAUACCUCAAACAGAUAUUACGGAUCAAUAGAAAAUAUUAUUCAGCAAUAAAUUAUUUUUUAGAAUAAUUAUAAGUUUAUUAAUAAAUAAAAUAAAACUUAAAAAUUUUAUCUAAAUUAAAUACUUAAGCUUGUAUAAUUAAACAAAAAAAAAUAAAUAUUAUUUUAGUUUUAAACUUACGAUAAAUUUUUACGAAAUAAUUAUCGCUUAGCAUCACAAUAAUUAUUAUUAUUAUUAUUAUUAAAUUCAUGCGUUUUAAUUUUAAAUAAGCUGAUAAGGUUAAAUACUUAAUUAAUAAAUUAAACGUUUAUAAUUUUGAAUAUCUCAGUGGCUUUGUAUAUCAUCAAUAAAAUAAAAAAAAAUUUGUUGAUGCAUGAAUUUAAUUAAUGAACAAUUAAAAUGAGAUUCGAGAUUAAGAUAAAGAAAAAAA